AUCCCAAACCACUGCAGUAACACCAACACCACCAACACCAGUGCAGCUGUUCAGACUGUACCCGAGGUUGGUGCCACCAAACUUGCGAUGGGUUUUUCCUUCCGUGCUACCAACACACGCUAAAGUGCUGGAACAGAAAGCAAACGCGGGUAGCACGGCGCGGCCAAGCUCAAAGCAGCAUAGUCGCAACCCAACCGAAGGAACUUUGUUGGUCCCCCAUCCAGGGUCUCUCGGGGUAUCCAGCCAGGGUUUCCGACUCCUCUCAGCGGUCACUUCACGAUACCUGCCUAGGUACCUACCUGCUUCCUCCCUGCGCCACUCAAACAGCUUUUUCCUCCCUUUCCAUUCCCCUUUCUCUUCUCCCAACGCGACUGCUGGUCCGGCUCUUGCCCCGCUGGACUUCGUUUGUCCUUGCGACAGCCGCUCUUUCGCUCUGCAUGCCAUUGCGGUUCUUGGUUAAGCCUUCGCCUGCUCUUCUUUUUGUUGUUGGAUUCAGCUGUUAGGGACCACCCACCGCGCCUCAGCGGAACCAUCGCUCGCAUGUCGGUCCUACCUACCUUCUCACAGCCAGCCCGGCGCCUCCUCCUCAUUCUCCCUGUUGUCUUCGUUACACUUCUCCUCCUCACCGGCCUCUUCAAUCAUGAGUCCUUUCGCUCGACCUUGCCAACGGUGGUCAUGCCAAAGGUAGUCAUCACCACCAACCCUUCCUCCUGCGCUGCCAACCAAACCAGUGGCCCGCUCGACAACCUCUCGUCCAUCAUCCAGGCACUCUACGCGCCCCUUGUCGUUCCCAUCACGACCCCCACAUUUACCACGCGCGAUGGCACCGUCAAACGCCUGCCUCCAGCUUCAGAGCUGAUCCACCACAAAUCCCUCGGCAAGCGUAUCUGCAUUCUCGAUGUCGACACGCGCCCCCACACCGGUGCUGGCGGCGUCUUUUCCUCGUCCUUGCCGACCUGGGACGCCCUCAGCCCAGCUUCUGCCGGGUUUCUCUCUCACUACCUCUACGCCUUGAUUCACGGCUAUACCUACAAGUUUGUGCAGGCGCCUACAUACCAGGACCGAGCCCCGCACUGGACCAAGGUGAUCUUCACGCAGGAGCUGCUGAAGAAAUAUGACAUUGUGGUGAUGAUGGAUUACGACGCCGUCUUUCCCAGCCCCGAGCUGCCGCUGGAGUGGAUGCUCAACUACUGGAAGAUCGACGACAAGGUCAUGGUGGCCAUGGCGGAGGAUCCGAAUGCCGAGGUCAACCGCGACAAGAGGGGGAACCUGAACGUCAACACGGGCUUCAUCAUUGCGCAAGCCUCGGAAAACACGCAGAGGAUGUUCAAGGACUGGGCCGAAUGUCCCAGUGAGACGAGAUACAAGGGCUGUGCGGAGUGGAAGGGUGUCUAUUUCCACGAACAGUCGGGUUUCAGCUCCCACGUGCGGUACGAUUUCUUGGACGGGUUGACCAUUGCGGAGGAACCGGGCAAGAGCAUGAUAAGAGCGCUGCCAUGCAAUGAGGCAAACGGGAUCCCCGAGAAGAAGAACCUGGGUUGCACGGGACAGCUGGUCAGGCAUCAUUGGGGCGGCAAGGAGCUGGCGAAGAGGGAAUUUAAUGACAACAUUAUGAAUGCGAUGCUGCCGCUCUUGAUACAGUCGGCGUUCAAGGGAGGCGAUGCCACGAGUGCAGUGGCAGAUUAUAGGAACAAGACCUUGGUGGGAGAUCAGAUUCUCGAUAAGCCUCUUUGAGCCAGCAUCGUGAGGAAAAAAAAAGAAAAGGAAAAUACAACCGUAUCUUAGUAAUGUGGAAAACGGCCAGGCGUUUGGGAGUAGACUGGAUCUGGUGGAGUAACGAGCCAUGAGCCUUGGACGGCUUGGUCCCAGGAAAGACGUAUUUUUUGGUCUAGGAUGGUCUUCAACGAACAAUUUUGCCAUGUCGGCAUAAUAUGUAUACAAGUAAUGUUUGAUAGCGAAGAUACAAAGACGUGGAAGUAGCAGAUAACAUCGCAAGUGUAGGUCCAUGGGGAAACACUGUUCAAGAUCAUACUUCUAGAUCAUAAUUUGUGAUGGAG